GUUGGCUUAUUGUCCUAUUUUUGUGCUGAAGUUUGAGCUUACAAAUGUAUCGGUCGGGCGCAUGCUAGUGAAUAUGUUGGUCAUAGAUGAUACAAAAGACGGACCUGGUCGGUCGGUUGCUUUCCACUCCUAAAUGAAGUUCUGUCUUCUGAUGUCGAUGGUCGGCAUAUCGGUUUAGGAGGAUGCCUACGAGCCUUUCAAGAUACCCUCGAACCCCAUUUGAAGCUAUCUCCGUUAGGUACUCAUCCAACACUUGAUUCAUUUUGUUGUUUCAAAUGUACGCAUAAGAAUAUGAUUGGUAAAUCUAAAGUACUGCUUACGAUGCGCCUGUUGUUGAAUAUGGCAUCGGACAAGCAGUGAAUAAUUCCUAAUCAUACUGCAUAUACCUUAUCAUUGCUUAUGAUGUGAUAGCACACUUUUGCUUUAAGCUGUACAAGUACUAGAUUCAGAUUUAUUGAUUGCAGUGGAAAAGACUGAGAAUUUUCAUUUUCUUUUCACUUUGUAGGUGGCAGUAGCAUACACUUAAAUAGUUAAGUCGUUUGUCAAAGAAAAAUGCAAGUCCGCACGGAGGCACCGUAUGCCGGCAUUUGGACCGGAUGUGCCGGUAAAGAGACCGGCGCAAAUAGUCCGGCGGACACUACAGAGAGGCCGAUGGGGUGAUAAAUUUGUCCUCACAUUUGAUGCGACAGACACAGACGAGACUGCAAUUUUAUUCGAUUUGCCCUCAUCUUGCUAAACCAUGUUGUGAGUUGCUCAACUUUUUUUCAGGAUAAGGGAUCCUACAACAUUCAGGUUUGCAACACAGCUGCUUGCGCAGAAAGAGUACAGUGACCGAGUCGGCAAAGCAACGGGAAGUAGGUACACGCCUAUGCUCAUGGUUAUGAUGAAUCGCUUCAUUUUUCCGGUAUACAAACUAUGUUUUCUUUUUGAAGAAACAAAAAAAUGUAGUAAUAAGAAGUUGAUGAUGAAUGACUGAGGUGCCGACCACUGACAUUCAUAUACAGGUACGAAGUUGUCCCUACAGGGUACUCGACACCGUACCAGCAAACGGCACCGUAUUCUGUGAGGGACCCGCUGUAUGAUUCUACCGUCGCACACCUGGAGUAUCGAGAAAAAACGCGGCAUUUUCAGCAGAAGAAGCCAACAGCCAAUCAAAUGACGAAGACGCCAAUAUCCGACAACACGUUUUACAGGGCUCGAUCUUUUGUCGCACUGGAAUACCGAAAUACAGCUGGCUUCGGCGAUUUCCAGCCGCGAAGCAACCCUCCGGCACCUCCGCCGGGAGGUCUGGCAGGGACGAGCUCGGGAAUACCUGAAAGCGGCAGUCAGGUGGGCGCAAGCGGUACAAACAAUGCGGUCGCAUCUUCCUCGGGUAUUCGUGCACUACCAGCUGCGGGACCGCAGAAGGAUUUCCCGUUUUUGAAUUCAGCAGUCGCGAGCGGCAAUCCCGCCAACAAUUUCUUGCCAUACAUGAGCAACGCAGCACUGCAGAAUCUAGGACUGUCACAGAAAAUUGGAGCAGGCAGCACAGGAGCCAGCACGGGUGGCUUAGGGGGCGGCGGGAUGGAUGGUGGAAUGAAAUAGCGUCCAUGUUUUCCCUCUUUUUAAUUCACGUUUGAAAGAGACGAAUCUUGAACAUGAUCAUCUGUCUAUACCACGUGACGACUCAUACCACUGUACUUCGAUGUUGAAUGUCAGGCAGCAUCAGACGCGUCAGGAUGGACACGCUGAAGACACUUGCCGCUUGAUGUAAACUGAUGAGUGGACGAUGAAUGCUACCUUUGGAAAUUCUACUAGCUGUCGAGAAAGGUUACUCAGUAUUGCUAAAUACUCUUUUCAUGCCACCACGGAUCUGAACCUCUGAUAUAUUUGAAAAUCUGAUCUCUAAUCUGUCGUACAA